CUAGUUUGGGUCCUGUCAGAGUCCUGGGGUUUGUGACAACCGAAGACAGAAUCUUCCAACCCUGAGACACAACGUUGCUGGGCCGGGGAAGAGGGAGGCUUUGCACUGGAACAAUCUGUCAUGUGUAAACCUGAACAGACAUUAUGUAUAAGCCUGAAGCUUCAUGGUUCCCCAGUAUAUGCGUGUUGGCCUAGUUUUCAAUCAACAGAGCCAAAGGGACUGUACUAGUCUGCUGGGUGGAGCAUCAAAACAACUGAAAGUUCUGCCUAACCAAUCUGCUGUUUCCUAAACUGCUGACAUUUCUUCAGUUUCACCAAGAAGUCUUUAUUCACAUCCUUCCAUCGCUUUAAAAAAAAAACAGAAACAAAAGGAUAUAUCCAGUGAUUUCCUUGUUCUCCACUUAGCAAGAUCAUGGGAGAUCUAGAGGAAACGCAAUAUGACGACUAUGAAAACUACACCUAUACCUCAGAAUAUUAUACUCCAGAGCCUGACUUGGAGGAAAAAGUUCACUUAGGGGUUGCUCACUGCAUCUCUCUGGUGUUGUACUGCUUAGCCUUUGUGCUGGGAAUUCCAGGAAAUGCUGUUGUCAUUUGGUUCACAGGAUUCAAGUGGAAGAAAACUGUCAGCACUCUGUGGUUCCUCAAUCUGGCUAUUGCAGACUUCAUUUUUCUUCUCUUCCUACCCCUCUACAUCUCCUAUGUGGCCAUGAAUUUCCACUGGCCCUUUGGCAGAUGGUUAUGCAAGGUCAAUUCUUUCAUUGCCCAGUUGAACAUGUUUGCCAGUGUUUUCUUCCUGACAGUGAUCAGCCUGGACCGUUACUUUCACUUGAUCCAUCCUGUCUUAUCUCACCGCCACAGAACCCUAAAAAACUCCCUUCUGGUCACUAUCUUUGUUUGGCUUUUGGCUUUUUUAAUGGGCGGUCCAGCCCUUUACUUUCGGGACAUUCGGGAGUUCAAUAAUCGCAUUCGUUGCUACACUAAUUAUCAUGAGCAUGAUCCUGACCUGAUUAUGCUAAGGCACCACACUCUGAUCUGGGUGAAAGUCACCGCUGGCUACCUCUUCCCCUUGUUGACAAUGAGCAUUUGCUACUUGUGUCUCAUCUUCAAGGUGAAGAAGCGAAGUACCUUGGUCUCCAGUAAGCAUUUCUGGACAAUCCUGGCCGUCGUUACGGCCUUUUUGAUUUGCUGGACUCCCUUUCACCUGUUCAGCAUUUGGGAACUCACAAUUCACCACACGGGCUCUUUCCACCAGGUGCUGCAGGCUGGAAUCCCGCUGUCCAUUGGCUUGGCAUUUCUCAAUAGUUGUCUGAACCCUAUCCUUUAUGUACUGAUUAGUAAGAAGUUCCAAGUGCACUUUCGGACAUCGGUUGCCGAGAUACUAAAGUACACACUCUGGGAAGUCAGCUGUUCAGGCACCAUGAGUGAACAGCUCAAGAACUCUGAAACCAGGACCCAGUGUCUCCUGGAAACGGCCCAAUGAAACAGCACUCUUGCCCAAAUCGGUAUCAGGCUUUUGUGUGGGGCCCCCUGACAGAUGCUGUCAGAUUAUUUGCUUCCCAGAUAUACAGCUGACCCUAAUUUGUUAAUGUUUUAGUCAGUUUGUUGGCAACCCAUUUCUAACCCCCACAAGUUAAAAACAGACUUCUCUUUAUUUUUCCCUUUUCUCAGCAAUUUAAAUGAUGUGUCAUUCUUGCUAAGUAUGCAGUGGAUUCAUCAGCAAAUAUUGUUGAGGCAAUAUUAGUUAUUGUAUUUUAAUCUUUCCUUAAAUUUAUAAAGCUCGCAUGACAUAGAUGAGGAAUGCACUUAAAACAUGUUAUUAAAGUAUAUUUAUGUAUUUUUAAGAGCGGGUCCCACUGAGGGCUACAGUGAUAAUAAAGUGGGUAGGGUUCUUGCCUUGCACGUGGCCGACCCAGUUUUGAUCCUGGCUUUCUAUAUGGUCCCAUGAGCACUGCCAGUAGUGAUUCCCGAGUGCAGAGCCAGAAGUAACCCCUGAGCAUCACCAGAUGUGGCCCACAAACAAAAUCAAAAACAAAAAAACAGUGAGUGUGAGAGAUUGAACCCAGGGUCUUAGACAAGUGAAGUAUAUACUCUACCACUGAAUCUUAUCCCUGGAUAUUCUUAAAAUGAAACUAGUCUAAUUUCUUUAGUUUGUGUUAUUAUUUAGUUUAUAUAGACAUUGAAAUUAACUAUUCUUGAUUAUGUGUAUCUGGGAGUGAUCCCUGAGCACAGAGACAGGAUUUAAUCCUGACAGCCAGGUGUGACCUCCCCCCCAAAAUCUGCUCCCAAAUCUAGUUAAAACAACAAUUAAUUUGUUUGUUGUUAUUAUUAUUUUUAUUAUAACAACUCACAACACUGAUGGUCAAACAGAAGAAAAGAUUAUCUCUCUACUGCAUAAAUACCUGGAGACUCAGUUAAACUGCAAAGACCCAUCUGGCUUUUGGAAUAGCGGGACACGGGCUGAGCAGAUCUCUCUCCUUCCUUGCAAAUCUCUCUCCUCUCCC